CUUCAUGGAAGUAUAGUUCAUCCAUUUUUACCAGUGAAGAGAGGCAUUUGGCUAUUUUAAUGGACUCAGAGAAAGCCCCAAUUGUCAGGCUCGUCUUCCCUUUCAAUUCUAAUAUUCCACAAGCUGAUAACCUCCAGCGUGUUUGGUGUAAUAUCCUCGGUGAUGAAGGUCCAGGCUCACUCCAUGAUGGCUUAAGUACUAGAGGUUUGUCGAUUGGUGUCUCUGCUUUCACGCAAAAGUUGUCAAAGGACGAAAGUGUCCUAGUGCUGGAGAUCAAGCUGACCAAUACAGGAGCUCAGAAUAUCUUCAAAGUGAUUGCAACAGUUCUAGGGAGCUACAAAGACAGCAUCUUGUCCAAUGCCAAAGAUCUCGAAAGAUAUAUCUUUGAAUUAGAGUCGAUGGAUAAGCUGAGCUACAUUCAUCAAGAUCUCCACAAGUCCACGAUGGAUGAAGCCAGCCAAUUUGCUCAAAAUUUACAAAAUGAUAUAGCCAUUUUAGGUGCUAAAAACAUAUUAAAAGGUACUCAGAAUUGGCAAUCUUCUAGCACAAAGGAUAAGCUAUGGGCGGACGUGGCUUCACAGUUUGUCUCGUUUGUUGAACGAUACCUGAACCAAGAUAACUUGAGGUUUGUGCUAAUGGCCAGCGAGAAAAUAAAUCGGUCUGUUUCAUCGUCGUGUGGACUCUUGGAAUCAUCAAAGGAUCAAUAUUUCACCUUUACGUAUCGUAAGGUCAAAUUCAAUCCAAUAGAGAUUUCAGAAGAAUACUCUACUCUAAGAUUCAACUUGCCUAAACCAAACAUUUAUAUUCCAACCUUUGCUAUGGACCAUGAUAUACUUAAUUCGAUUUUGAGACAAAGUGCUGCCAAGUCCUCUCAGGCUUCAUUAUCAUUGACAACAAAGGCAAAAUGGCUAGAGACUGAAGCAAAAUUGAUAAGUUUGAGCAAUACAUUUGAGCUUUGGACCAAAUUGGAGACAUCAGAGUCUUUCAAAUCAAAAACAUUUAUCUCUUUUGACUUAGUUGCAUGUUCUGUUGAUCCAUCUCCUCUAAACACAAUGCACUGUGAAGUAUUUGUCGAGCUGCUAAAGCUAAAGAUCUCACAAUUGCUUUAUCACUCUGAGCUGUUAGAUUACACCUGGGAAAUACAUGCUUCUAUCAAAGGCGAUGCAAGAUUUGGUGUCACAAUUACUGGUUUUACUGAUGGUGUUAAACUUAUGCUGAAUAAUAUUGUUGAACAUUUUAAAGACAUUGUUGAAGGGCAUUCCUUCACAGCUGAUGACUUCAGGCAUGCUAGAGUCGCCGUGAGGUCGAGGUAUAGUGAUCUUGAACAGGAUAGCUCAUUAGCACAUGCUUUGACAGGCUUAUUAGUGGUUAUGGAGGAAAACGUAUGGACUAUGGAGGAUCGUUUUGAUGCAUUGGAUGAUUUAGACGCUGAGACGUUUAAACAAUUCCUUGUCCAGUUCUCGUCUAGCUCAAAGUUUCUGAGACUAUUCGUCCAUGGUGAUUUACACUCAACUGAUGAUAUUAUUGCCUCUAUCAAUCAAAUAAGUCAUCAUUCAAAUCCUCAAGCCUCAUUCAAUCACAUUGAGCCGUCUACUGUGAAGUUGAAUCCUGGUAAAACUUUUACAAUUUCAAGGAAGGGACCAAAGAGCGAUCCCACAAACUCCAUCUGUUUGUUUAUUCAAACAGGCCCACGCUCGGACAGUUAUACCAAACUCGUCACCCGAUUAUGUGCUUAUUUGAUGUCAUUAACAUUAGUUCCAGAUCUUAGAUUCAAGAAACAAUUGGGAUAUGUUGUUCUUGGGGGAACCAGAAUCUUGAGAACCACAGUGGGAAUUCACAUCACCAUAAUGAGUUCCACAUUCUCCUCCAAAUAUCUUCAGAGGCAAAUUGAUGAAUACCUAUUAUCCUGGGAAAAAACAAUCAGUGAUUUAAGUACAGAGUCAUUUCAAAGCGAUGUUGUUGACCCAUUUUUGAAGACAUUGUCCAACAAACUGGAUGAAAGUGGGGGACCAGAGAGCUUGACAUCUGAGAUGAAACCGAGUGUUGGAAGCUCCAACUGUGCCUUUAGUGGUGAUUGCGUCAAGUUUCACCGCAAGAUCAGAGACGAUAUCUUCAGUGAAGACUAUGACAUCUCCUUGCACCAAUCUUCUGUGCAACGUUUGAAACUUUUAACAAAGUCUGAUCUUUUGAGAUUUAUUUCUGAGUUCAUAAGUCCUAGAUCUCCGUCACGUGCCAGUCUAAGCGUGUUAAUCGACUCUCCGCUCUCGCCAGAAGAAUCAAGAAAGCAAAUCUUGAUAUUACAUCUAGAGGUCUUUUUGAAGAUGAAAGGAUUAAGAAUAUCCCAUAAUAAGCUCCAGGAUAUUGUUGAAACAAGCAACGGGACUCCAGUACAUCUCAUGAAAGGUCUAUUCAAGCACUUUGUUGGACAAGGUGAAAGUAUGAGACUAUGUACUGUUGUUCUCAAAGAAGCAGUUAAACAAAUUUUUGAAGGCUUAAAGAGUGGAGGAAGCCAAAGGUCAGAGGAAAUUAGUUCUAAUGGUGAUCACAUAUCAAUCACAGAUAUACCAUCAUUUCAGAGUGAACAAGGCAUUAUACGUAAGACCAAUCAUUUAUAGGGAUGUUUCUUUUUAUACAUUAAUACACAGCGUGCA